GGGCCCAUCUGGAUAAUCCAGGAUAAUCUCACUUUGAGAUCUUUAACUUUAUUACACUUGCAAAAACCCUUUUAUUUCCAAAUAAGGUCACAUUUACACAUUCUGGAUAUUAGGACAUAGACAUAUCUUUGGGGAGGCUACCAUUCAACCCAUUACAAUCAGCUGUAACUAUUUUUGUGGAAAAUGCUGGGAGCCUGAGUUAGGAUGCUGGUCCUAGAGAGAAGUGGAUGGAUUUUAAAUGUAUUUUAGUGCUAGAGCACAGAGGAGUUUGUGAUGGCUUAAAAGUAGUAGCUUAGAGACAAGUGGAGGGUGACUCGGUGGCCAAAAUGGGAUUUGGAUACAGAAGUAUGGUCUGGGUUUCAAAUAGACUCCUCUGGGGCCAUGUGGGAGAUGGACUGGAAGGGAGAGACUAGAGGCUAGGAAGAAGCCUGGGGCAGGGUCCAGGCAGGAGAGCAGGGGUCCUGAACCAGCCUGAACCCUGAGGACAGAGAAUCAGGAGGCAGAAGGGAGCCAGCUUAGGGACUGAUGAUGAGCUGUGUGGAAGAGGGGGAGAAAGGGGACGAGGAUGGCACCUGGGGAUUUGGCCCAGUGACUGGGUAGAUGGUGGGACUGCCUCAGAUGGGGAAACCAAGCAAAGGAGAGAACUGGAGGGAGACCCUGAGCUCUGUGUGGGAUAGGUCAGGGAGAGGGUCCUGGGGACAUACAAGAGACAGUUGGCUGCAGCUCAGGAGAGAGACUUAGAAAAUAGCAGAUGAAGGGAGAGAGAGCUGGAUCCUCAGAGAAGUGGGCUUCCCAGGCUCUGAGUGGGUGACUGGGUGGUGGGAAAGCCCCUGAAGUUGGAAAUAUGUGAGGGACUUGGGACAUGACAAGAGCGAAGAAGCUAUGGGGACCUCAGGGGAGACUGCAGAGGCUGCUGGGUACACAUCAGCAAUCAGGUACCGCAAAGUCAGAACUGACUGCCCAGGUCGUAUACUCAGUCCUGGUCCCAAUGCAGAGGAAGGAAGUGCUGCCUGAGGCUCAACUUGCACUGGGUGUGUUGGCACCGCCCAGUUGCCCUCCCCACUCCCAAGGACCUUCAUACCUCAGCCUGCAGCACUUUCACUUCCCCCAGGUUCCCAGCCCCUGCCUCCCAGCACACAUGAGCGGCCUCCUCUAGAACAGAAUGCAGACUCCGAGAGAAGGGUAAAGACAAAGGGGGGUGAUGGAGGAAGAAGGACAAGAACCCAGAACAAAAGGGCUAGAAACCCAGAGAGAAAGAGGAUAGAGAUCCUCAGGGGUCAGAGAGGGGACAAGGACCCAGAGUGAGGUGGAUAGAGACCCAGAGAGAGGGGGCAGAGACCUAGGACAGGGAAGGGGGGACAGAGCUGGAUGCAGAAAUGUCAGAGUUUAGCAGGCCAUGAGGUCAGAGUGUCUGUGAGGUCGGCUACUGUCCAGGGCCAGCCCUGGAGUCCUAGUGCCCAGAGAUGGGUGCAAGCAGAUCAGGAGUCCCUGUGGAUCACCCAGCCUGAGCCAUGGAGACCUGGGAGGGACUGCCCCAUGUGUCUUUGGUGCCUGCAAAUUCCAAGACCCCUCAGGUCCUAGGCAGCCUUAUUUUCUGCUUUGGCAUCUGGAUACUCAUCGACAAGACCAGCUUCGUGUCCUUUGUGGGCUUAUCCUUCCUGCCCCUGCAGAUCUGGUCCAAGGUCCUGGCCGUCUCGGGAAUCCUCACUAUGGGCCUUGCCCUCCUGGGCUGUGUGGGGGCCCUCAAGGAGCUCCGCUGCCUUCUGAGCCUGUAUUUUGGGAUGCUGCUGCUCCUGUUUGCCACACAGAUCACCCUGGGAAUCCUUAUCUCCACUCAGCGGGUCCGGGUGGAGCGAAGCGUGCAGGACAUCGUAAAGAAGACCAUCCAAAACUACCACGCCAACCCGGAGGACACAGUGGCCGAGGAGAGUUGGGACUACGUGCAGUUCCAGCUGCGCUGCUGCGGCUGGCACUCUCCGCAGGACUGGUUCCAGGUCCUCAUCCUGAGAGGAAACGAGUCGGAGGCGCACCGUGUGCCUUGCUCCUGCUACAACUCAUCGUCGGCCAACGACUCCGCAGUCUUAGAUAAGAUGACCUUCCCCCAGCUCAGCCGGCUCUCACCUCUGGCGCGGCCCGGACCCAGUACAGACCUCUGCGUGGUCUCUGCAAAAAGCCACAUCUACCGCGAGGGCUGCGCGCAGAGCCUUCAGAAGUGGCUGCACAACAACCUCAUUUCCAUUGUGGGAGUCUGUCUGGGAAUCAGCCUAUUCGAGCUCGGCUUCAUGACGCUGUCGAUAUUCCUGUGCAGAAACCUGGACUACGUCUACGAUCGGCUGGCUCGAUACCGCUAGGCCCCGCCCCGACCCUUUGACGUGCCCGGCACUUCCCUGCCGCCUGUAAAUAUUUGUUUAAUCCGCAGUUCGCCCCAGGCGUUGAGGCUUCCUCACUCCCCUGGGGACCCAGGUGUCUGCGGCCCCGUUGCUGUACCUCUCCCCCGGGGCUUCGUUUCCUUGCCUCAUCUACCGGCCUGCCACCUCCCACAAGAUUAUCUUUCGCCUAAACCUCAAAUAAAUUUCCUGAACUUUGGUAAAA